GCAGGACAAGUCUUCUUCGCCUCUUCCGGCAUCUCACACCCUCGCCCCGACCGCCGGGCCGUCGUCGCCCAUCUCGACGCCGGCAACUGCAUGGCCGCCGCCGCUUCGCCUCCGGUUCCGUUAGAAUCCGAGGCCUCCUCUCUCCGGGGCCUCCUUCCCAGGCCCCACGUCGCAAUCUCAUGGGACUCCCAAGCACUAUGCAGCCAUGCAGAAAAAAGCGAGAUGGAAUCCAAGGCAUGCGUUAUCGAUCCUGCUCUGCUUCCAUCUCUAGAGGGUUUACUUCAGGAAACGUAUGCAUCAUUGCAACCAAAGCCAGUUGACUACGAGAAUCGACAGGUUAUGAUCAAUGUCUUCAACAGAAUAGCGGAACAGAUUUUUGGUAAAAAGAAUGGGCUUCCAGUUGCAGAAGCAUUUGGAUCAUUCACAAUGGAUCUAUUUACUCCUGAAAGUGACCUUGACCUCUCGAUCAACUUUAAUACUGAUACCAAGGAUCAGUAUCCUCGCAAGGACAAGAUUAAUGCUAUUAGGAAGCUUACAAAAAUCCUAUAUUCUCAUCAGAGGCAUGGUCGUUGUUAUGGGGUUUUACCAAUUUCAACUGCUAGAGUUCCUGUAUUGAAGGUUACUGAUCAGGGAACUGGUGUAGAGUGUGAUAUUUCAAUAGAAAACAAAGAUGGCAUGUCAAGAUCAAUGAUAAUUAAAUUUAUCUCAUCCAUUGAUGAAAGAUUCCGGAUACUUUGUUAUCUGAUGAAGUUCUGGGCCAAGGCACAUGAUGUUAACAGCCCCAAAGAUCAAACAAUGAGCUCAAUGUCAAUUAUUUCUUUAGUUGCUUUCCAUUUACAGACCCGGCGCCCUCCGAUAUUGCCUGCAUUUUCUGCCAUAUUGAAAGAUGGUUCAGAUUUUGCAAGUAUUGAGAAGAAUGUCUCACUAUUCAAAGGUUUUGGGAGCAGCAAUAAAGAAUCUAUUGCUGAACUUUUUGUAUCAAUGAUUAUUAAACUAGUAUCAGUGGAGGGUUUAUGGGAGCAAGGGCUCUGUGCCAGCAAUUUUGAAGGAUCAUGGAUAUCAAAGAUCUGGAGAAAAGGUGUUGGCAACUUGAGUGUUGAGGACUUCUUGGACCAGUCUCAGAAUUUCGCCAGAUGUGUAGGAAUGGGACAGAUGCAGAAAAUCUGUGAAUGCCUAAGGGCUACUGUUUCUAAUUUGAGUGAGUUCUUUAUGGGUAAAAUUGCUGCGCCCAAGCUAAAGGCCCUUUUGUUUGGGCUUUUUAACCAGGUUAAGCAAGUCACUGAUCCCAUUCAGAAAACUGUUAAGAGGAAGCGCGUUAAUCCAAACAACACAAGCACUAACCCUAGUAAGAGAAAUGCUAAGAAGAAGAAGCCCCUUGAACAGGACAAGCCUGUCAUUUCUCUUGGUCAGCGAGAUGAUAAGAUGCCCCUGGAUCAGAAGCCAGGCAGCUCUCCAAUUCAGAAAGAUGCUAAUAGGGACAAGCCCCUUGAUCAGGAUAAGCCAGUCAUUUCUGCUGGCCAGAAAGAUGACAAGACGGAGAAGCCCCUUGAGCAGGAUAAGGCAGCCAUUUGCCCCGGUCAGAAAGAUGCUAAGAAGAACAAGCGCCUUGGUCAGGAUAAGCCAGCCAUUUCUCCUGGCCAGAAAGAUGCUAAGAAGAAGAGCAGCAACGUUGGACAUGACCCAGGAAGCAGUCAAGUGCAACAAAAGAAAGCAAAGGUUACUGUAUACACUUCUGGUUCACGACCUCCUAGUGUUAUCCCUCCUCAAAGAAUGCAUCGACCAGUACUCACCCAGCCAAUUAUUAAUCAGUUUGCACAUAUACCUCAGCAUCCGAUCACCCCUCCCGCUUUUGGUUAUGGGUUGCCACCACCGCAUUUGCAUUCAGCUUAUCAUCACCCUCAUCAGGGAUUGGUAGGUCAACCACGGGGUGAUUUCCUUCAUUUGUAUCAUGGGAUUCAGCUGCAGCAUCAAGGACGGGCUAUGUUUGGUCCUCCUCCAGCAGCCCACUAUCCCGUGCUCAAUGGGCUUCACCCGUAUGGUAGCAUUGGUGCUCAGCAGAUGCAGCAUAUCGACAAUAGGCUGGUUCAGAGGCCACCGUACGGAAUGAGACAAGGUUUCUGGAGGUGACUGUUGCGGUUUGGGAAAAGUAGAUAUGUAGGUAGUUGGCGGGCUUUUGAGGCGAAAGCUUCAAGAUUGUUGUUGUGUAACUAGCUGCUGGUGCCAUUGUGUCUGUAGCUGUUGUGAAAAGAGAAGUUGUAAGGUGAGAAUGGAAAGCUGUAAGAUCAUUAAUUAUCUUAGAUGUGGACAGCCUUAUUGGUAUUUAUGGACCAGGCAUGCACAAUCUGUAUGGCUGGGUUGCAAAUCAUAACCAUCUCAAACUGGAACCGCCAAUGCCAUAAGUGAUGAAUACAUGGGGAGGUCAGCCCCUUGGCUC